AAUUAUGCCGCCACAUAUGCAUAGUCCAGUUCAUUCAGUGUCCAGUGUCCAGGGCGGUGUGCAUAUACAUGACAUACGUUCGAAUUCAAAAUUCGGGCUAACCAAUCAUUUGCACAAAUAACAAGCGACAGCAGAGAGCUGCUCCGUACCGUCGCUCAAUGAUAAUAAAGGCUUGGUAUCUGAGAAAAACAGCUUAAGAGAAUCAGAUACUUGAUCCCCUUCUGGUGCAGUACUAUUCAAUUGCACUCUUAUCCUCCAGCGACUCUUUCAAUCAACUCACAGCCUAAGUAGAUGGUGAUCACUUUGAAUGUCAAUGCUUCUUCGGCGAGGGACGCGACGGCAACAUGCCCUCAAAAGAGAAGAGAAAAGAAGCACAUUGGAUCCUGAGGCUGUGACCACACCGCUCUACUCGACAGCCUAAGUAGCCAUAAUAAGUCUAAUUACUAAAACGCACGUCGCACCUCUCAUUGCCUCUCGUGCGAUCGCUCACAAGUCACACAAUUAGCCCGCCGCGCUGCUGUGGGCGAAGUAUUGGAGGCUACCCAAGCGACGAGACCCAUCGCCAUCGUGUACACAACGACUGACUCUCUAAUAGGAGUUGGAUGGGCACGGCUUGUGCUCAGGCCAUCACUGAAUUGACCCUUGUGUCUGUCUAUGGGCUCAAGACGCAUUACAUCUCUUCUUCUGGUGCUGAGCUAUUCCGAGUUCCUUCCUACGGUGUGGAUCCUUCCAAGUUAUAUGAUACUAGUAGUUGCCCGCUGUUAGUCGAGAUUUGAUAAAUGCAUCGACGGUAACAACGCUUCGUUAGGAUAUUGAUUGGAUUUGGAAAGACUUGGAGCUGGACGAGCGGUGUACCUGCAUCGGUGAGACAGACGAUGUACGCACCAAGAGUGUCGCCCAUUCGGCGAAUGAGAAAUAGUAGUAGCAGUGGCAGCACCGUGGAUCCAUUGCAUCCCUCACCCAGACGCAAAGGCAGUGUCCUGCAGGGCACGGGUACCCCUCGAAUGAACGGUGACUACCAAGUGCUCAAGCAGAGCGUCGAAGAGCAACGGCUGGCAGUUAGGCAAGCAAGGGUAGCGUUGGCAUCAUCUCUGGAUAGGUUAGGGGAACAUCAUGUACGGCAAAAGGAGUACGACGAUGCUAUGGACGCAUUUGCAGAGGCCCUACACGAGAAAAGAAGCGUAUUUUCCAACUUUCUGUCGUCUCCAUUGAAUGGGGAAGGCAGCUUCAGUAGAACGAGCUCGCUUUCAUCUUCCGUCUUCGACACUGACCUGAACGACGAAGCAGAAGUGCACGACAACAAAGUUGACGAAAUCGUCCUGACGCUAAGAAACAUGGGGAAUGUCCACUCACUCAGGGGGGAACAAGACGAGGCUAUGCGGUAUUAUACAGAAGUCACCAAUCUCCGAGCAACAAAGCUCAAGAAACUACCAGAAGAUGGGACAAUCUCUGGCGAAUCAAGAUCCUUGUUUUCUGGCUUGAAUGGUGGAGAGGAUAACUCUACGCUGAUGAGCGAAAUCAAUGAAGACGUCAAAGCACUUGAUGACUUGUUCAGAAGCAUAUCCUUCCGGACAGGGGAUGGUAGCAACCUUGGCAUGGAGAAGAGAAAAUCCACGCCUCUUAGCCCCAACAGUGAAAGUCGUGCUUCAAGCAACAAACGACGGAAAGGCGAUAGUCUUCCUGGAAGCGAUGCUCUUGAAAAUGAACCUUUCAAACGGUCGACAUCAAUAUGUAUGUCUGUAGUACCGGAAACUGGUUCUGAUCUGAAUGAAGCCCUUGAAAUGUUCCGAACAGUGCUGGAUUCCUACCAAGGGACCAACUUGGAACAGCACAAAGAAGUCUACAACUCUUUCAAGCUUAGAGCAGAUCUCCUGUGCGAAAACCGCAAGCAACCCAUGCCCUCCCCGUCGAGUGGAGGGAGCAAGAAAGAUGGGCAACAAGGCGACGCCAGUGAUCUCGAACUCUCGGUGGAGAUCUACCAAGAAAUCAUGAGCAUCCAAAAAGAAAUGAGUUCCAAGAUAGAGAACGACCUGAACCUGUCUGCCAACAGUGCGUCCACUUUGAUACGUUUGGGAAGUGUCUACUACAAGUUGGGAAACCGAGUAGAAGAGCUCCAAAUGUAUCGAGAUGCCAAGGCUGUCUACAAGAACGCGUUCGGUGAAAACCACACUUUCGUAGCGGGUGCCAGAAAAAACAUUGGAAUGGUGUUAGCAGAGAGAGGCGAGUAUGAAGGGGCUAUGGAGGAGUUUGAAAAGGCACGGAGAAUAUACCUGGCGGUCAACGACGGCGACGAAAUGAACCGAGACGUAGCUAGCGCUGUGUCCUGCAUGGGGAAUGUCAAGAACCGUGUAGGUGAACUUGAUGAGGCUCUGACGCACUACAUGAAAGCUCUUUCGAUCUACAAGUCAAUUCAAGACAACUCAAUGGACAGGAGCGAAGGAACAGCGAACGCUGCAGAGUUCGCAAAUGCCAUGAGAGACGUAACCUCCACAUUGAAAGUGAUCGGUAUGGUGCACGCCAAGAAAGGGGAACUCGACACUGCUAUGGGGUUCUUCAAGGAGGCUAUGAGCCUUCUGAGGUCAAACGGCGUUGAUGGUACUACCAUUGGACGAGAAACUAUAGCAUCCGUGCUGACAAGAAUGGCAAGUAUCCAUGUGAAGAAGAAUGACCUUGACCAAGCCAUGGAUCACUACCGAGAAGCUUACGAGCUGACAAUUCGAAACAGAGGCUCGACGAAUCACCAAGACAUCGCUGGAAUUCUCCACUACAUCGGUGGAAUCCAUCACAAACGUGGGGACUAUGACGAAGCCAUGAACUGCUACCAAGAGGCAAUCCGUAUCUAUCACACGACCCUGGGUCCCGGUAACCCUACAGUUGCUGGCACUCUAGUUAUGGUGGGAAGCAUCCACUACAAACGCAGGAAUCUUGAUAGUGCCAUGAUGUUCUACAGAGAGGCACUGCGACUGAACCGAGACGCGUAUGGUCUUCACCAUCCUGAUGUGGCUCCAAUUCUCAAGAGCAUUGGGACAAUCAUGACCAAGAAGGGCGAGUAUGAGGAAGCGUAUGACAUUUUCCGAGACGUACUGAGCAUCAAGUGCACAGUGCACGGCACGGGCCACCCCGAAGUUGCUAGUGCCUACAAAAGUCUUGGGAAUGUACAUUACAAAAUGGGGGAACUGGCAGAUGCCGAGCGGCAAUAUAGACACGCACUAAGCAUUUACAGGAGAACCAAGGGAGAAGAUCAUUCAGAUACUGUUGCGGCACGAACUACAAUCGAACAUCUGCGGUACUGGAUGAAAGAACGGGGAAAGAGAAAGCUGGAACAACGACAUGCAAGGAGCUCGAAUCGGAGUCGGACGGAAGAAGAUGAGCGUAGCUGCUAGCCAUCAGGAUUAUAUACUGCACCACUGUAUUGCUCAUCACCCAGCCACCCAAAGCGAGCUGAGCGGCAGAGUGUAGUUUGCUAACUAACUCUCUGAUGCAUCCAUAAAAUCAUAGAAAUUUCUUGGGUCUCC